AUGGAGCAAAUCAGGCGAAUUCUGCGGCCAUCCGAUAUCCCAGAUACAGGAUUACUAUGUGAUUUGUUAUGGUCUGAUCCGGACAAGGAUGUAACCGGCUGGGCCGAGAAUGAUCGCGGAGUUAGUUUCACUUUUGGUCCGGAUGUCGUGUCCAAAUUCCUCAACCGCCACGACCUAGAUCUCAUUUGCCGGGCCCAUCAGGUUGUGGAGGAUGGUUUCGAAUUUUUCAAUCGACGACAACUGGUUACUUUGUUCUCGGCUCCAAACUAUUGCGGUGAAUUCGAUAAUGCCGGUGGCAUGAUGACAGUAGACGAGAACUUAACUUGCUCAUUCCAGGUUCUCAAACCGUCGGAAAAAAAGGCCAAAUACCAGUAUCAGGGUAUACCGCAGCCGACUCCUCAGACCCGCGUUGCACCUCCUCGUGUCACCUGA